AUGACAAUAUUAAGGGGGGAAUGGGAUUAUCCAAAAAAUAUAAACUGUCUACGAUGCAAAUAUAUCAUGGCCCAUGCACAAAAGUUAUUAGAACGUAUAGACAGUAUUGAUAAAAAAAACAUAGUAGCUAUUUGUGAACAUUGUCGUUUAAAAGGUACUCGAAGUUUUUGUUAUGUGUGCAAUGAAAUUGUCAAAAAGUUUAGAACUAGCACAAUCCAACAAAAGGAAAGCAAAGAAAGACUUAAAAAUAGGAUGAAUAAAAUUCAAAACUUAUUAAAAGAAUCACUAUCUAACGAUAAAUCUAAACGUCCGAGUCAUUUUUAUUCGGAUUUCGACAUCAAUAAAAUAUACCAAGAAUCGCCUAAAUUGAAACAACAAUCUGAUGUCGGAGAGAUCGCGAUAAAAAAAUAUAAAUGUCCGUCGAUUCAGGUAGUUCCGGUUAUUGACAAUUUAUGUGAUGUUAAAUUGCAAGAUACUCUAAAAAACAAAACAGAGACUUCAUAUCAUCAAUUACAAAAACAUGAAAAACAAAUAACAUUUCUAGAAAGUAGUACUAAUAAAAGUGACGUUCUGAGCGAUGAUAACAUACUAUUAAUGAAUAAUGAGUCGUAUCCGCAAAGUGAUCGUGAAAUACUAUACGAUACUAGUAAAUUAAUUAAAAGUAAAACUAACUCCGAAAAGUUUGAAAGGAACGCGGUAGAUUCGUAUCUAAAAAUAGCUAAACAAUUAUUUCCGUAUAGUAUAAAAAAGAUAAAUGACGGUGACUUCGAUACCACUAUUGUUGGAUUAAGACCAAACUUGAAAUCUGUUAGCACAACUACAUUAAAAUAUAAUGUUAAAAAAGAUAUAAAGUCCAUAUCUGAUCAAAUAACAGCUACAAAUAAAACUCAGCAAUCGUCAAUGUCAUUUGAAAACAAUUAUAUUAAUAAACAAAAGAUAAAACAAAUGAACUAUUCGACACCGAUCACAAAAUAUCUCUCACAAGAGUCUUUACAAACCUCUAUUACUGGUGUACCAGAAAAUUUACUCAAAGAAAACUUUAGUUUUAUUUUUCCAAAAGUUAUUAAAAAAGAUAAAAAAAUUCUAAAACGCGUAAGUUCAACAGAAUUAAUUAAAGAAACUAAAUAUAAGGUAGUGGCUAAAGCUAAAGAAGAUGAAUUGAAACGAAUCGAACGGAUUCGAAGAAAAAAAGAAAAAAACGAAAAGAAAAAGAUCAAGAGGAAAGAAACACAGGAUAAUAUUAGAUUGAACGUGAAAUCAAAAACAUUAGACGCUAAAAUUAAACAUUCAUCUGAGGAAAGUGUAUUGAAUAAAUUAAAAUCUAUUGAGAUGGGUAGCAUAAAAACAGUGAUACCCGAUGAGGACUUCAAGCCUGAUAUAAAUUUUAGUAAACAAGCUGGAAAAGAUACAAAACUUGCUGUUUCUGAAAAAGAUUCAAAAUCUAAAAUUCUUUCAAUAAAUCGAAAAGAAUCCAAAAAAGAAUAUAAUUUAACAAAUAAAAAUAUUGAUAAAAUGAAUACUAAUAUUGAUGUUCAAAACCAGAAUAAAAAUUUAAAACAAGGAAACGAUGAAAAUGAUAAAUCAGAGAAAGAAAUGCAAGCAGAAGAGGAGAAACAAAAAUUGAAGAAAGAGUUGCAAGAAAAAGAAGAAAUGAUUAAAUUAAGUAAGGAAAUGCAAGGAAAAGCAGCAACGGAUAAAUUAAGUAAAGAAACGCGAGGAAAAUACAUAACUGACAAAUUAAAAAAAGAAACACAACACAAAGAAGAAACGGAUGCAAAAAGAAAAGAAAAAGAAGGUAAAGAAAAAAAUGAUAAAUUGAGCAAAGAUAUGCCAGAAAAAAUUAAAAAAGAAAGUAAGGAAAUAAAAAUAGAACAAAACAAAAACAUUAGGGAAAAAGAAGUAAAAGAUGAUGUGACGCCUUUACAGAAAACUAAAAUUGUAGAGACUUACGAUGACAAAAUGAAAAUACAACAUAAAUAUGAAGGCAAAAAACGAGAUACUGAUAAGGUAACUGAAGAACAAGCUAAAUUAGAAUUGAAAAAAAUGUUUGUAAAUCAAAUAGAAAACAAAUUUGAGCUGGAACCAAAAAAGGUUAACAAGAACAUUGAAAUGCUAAACACUAAAGAACUGACUUUAGAACAAAUUAAAAGUAAAAGGGAUUCGUCAGAUAAUCUAAUAUUAGAUAUGGUUAAGAUAAAAAAGUCCAAGGAAAAAGAUGAAAUACUAAAACCCAUAUCUAAAUGUCAUAUUUCAGAAUUAGAAAUUAAGCGGGGUAGAACUCGUGCUUCUAAGAAAAAAGGGUGUAUUAGAUAUACUAGUUCUGAUAUAGAUUUGGAUAUUGAAAGUACUUUAAAAAUAGAUAAAGAAGUAAUAGAUAUUAUUGUAGGCGAUAAAAUUGUUAAGUGUAAAUCUCAAUUACCUGAAAGGCGCAAAGAGAAAGAACUUUCACCAAUUUUAUUUAAAUCGACAUUCAAGGAGAAAUCUGUUAUAGAACAUAAAACGGAUAUUGUUAUUCCAGAAGAAACUGAACUUCGUGCUAAUACUUUAUCUACUAAAAGAACAAAAACAGACCAAGAGGUGCCUAAGGGCAUCAUUCGUUACGCAUUGUCAGAUCGCACAUUUAUAUACAAAGGAUGGACCAUGCUGCCAACUGAGAAAGUAGUACGAAAAAUGAACGUAUACCGUAUGCGACCAGCCCAUCCAGAAUUUGAUUGGUUUGAGCAUAAUAAGAACAAAAGGUUUAUGCAAUACGAUACCGGCGAAAGGUUAGCCGAGUUCGACGACAACGGACGUGGCCAAUGGUAUUAUAGGAAUGGCAGAUUAGCACUAGAUUAUUACGACGCCGAAGAAAUAAAUGCCCAGCAACGUUUUGUGAUAUAUAGUAGUGGUGAACCAGAUAAUCGUGGUCGUUCUCAUCCUAUAACUAUUUUAGCAACAUUUGAUUAUCUUGGAAACGGUAUAGUGUUUGACCAUGCGGGCAAGAUACGGCUCAAAUAUAAUCAAACUGAAGGCGUGGUGUUGGAUCGAAAUAUAGGACCUGUGUCUCACUGGAAAUGGCAUACUUUAAAUGAUCCACCAGUUUUACAACAGGUAAUGAUAGACACACAAAUGGCCCAUAAAGAUAGUGAAAUAUUGAAACUCGGCAGCCCUGCAGAUGAUAAAAUUCGCCCAGACGAUGAAGAAAUGCUAGCUAUCGAAUUCGAUAAUUUUAUUAAAGAAAAAAGCAAGAAACUAUCUGAAAAAUUUAAACCAUUUCAAAUUAAAAUGAAAGCAUUGAAGAUCAAUGAAUACUUUUCAUUAAGAGUACUGGAUCAAGCUAAUGUCUAUUUAAUAUAUAGAGAUGGUUCGACUAACUUGAAAUUAAAUAUUGGAAUGGUGUUAGAUCAUAAAGAAAUCCUAGAUACAGAUACUGCUGAAGUUGGAGAAGUUUCAAAUAAUUUAGAGCGUCUACCGGCUCGAACAGAUAGUUUAGCAGGUCUUCAAAGAAGUGUGGCGUAUGCACAACGUAUUGAAAGAUCUCAUGUACAACGAGAACGCCGUCUUAGACCAACAGAGCCUUGUGCUAGCGCUGAUCAGUUGACUGCUGCAAUCUCACGACCUCUACGACUACCAUCUCGAACGGUAUCGUCUAGUUCUAGGACAAAUAUUGGUGAAUGUCAAAGUAAAUGUAGAAAACCUUCUACUGGCCUUUAUUACGACACUCGUAUUAUCUAAUUAAUUUGAUUGUAAUCAUGUAUUAAUAUAUAUUUUAAAGUUGUUUAAGUUAUGCU